AUGGCCCAAGCAACCUAUUUCGGAAUAUUUAGCGAAGCUACUCUCACUCGUCGUCAGAUAAUGUUCAAUGUACUGUACUUCACUCCUUACGGCUAUCCACUAGAAGGAGCCAAACCCUUAACAAGCGACGCACUUCGAAGUAUUAAUCGCAAUGUGGAAAAAUAUCCUAUGAUGUCAAGGACACAAGUAGGGCAGUUUUGUGCUAAAGGCGGGAAUGACAACGACGAUGGUGCCAGGGGACGUCGGGGUGGCCACCGGCCACGUGCCCAACAAAUGCCGUGCUCGACCUGGACUACAAAGCCCAACGAUGAAUUCCAUUCGAAGCGACCAGAACCUCAGCCAGCCUUUGUCUCUUCAGGACAGUAA